CGAGGAAAAAUGGCGGACGGUAUGAAUGUUGGAGUAAAUUUAGAAGCUUUUUCACAAGCAAUCAAUGCCAUUCAAGCACUCCGGUCAAGUGUAACAAGAGUUUUCGACUCACUGAAGGAUGGAAUGAAAAACAAGGAGACCCUGGAAGGAAGAGAAAAGAUAUUCAUCACCGAAUUUCAAGAUAAUUUGCAAUCAGUCAAUCGUGACUUGAAUGAGUUGGAGCGUCUCAGCAAUCUGGUUGGCAGACCAUCAGAGAGCCAUCCCUUACACAACAGUGGAUUGCUCAGCUUGGACCCUGUACAGGACAAAACUCCUCUCUACAGUCAGCUCCUUCAGGCCUACAAAUGGUCCAACAAGCUGCAGUACCACGCGGGAUUGGCCUCCAGCCUGCUGAACCAGCAGUCACUCAAGCGCUCGGCCAAUCAGAUGGGACCUUCUGCCAAGAGGAGGCCCAAAGUCCAGCCUAGUGCCCUGGUCCUGCCACCACAGUACGUGGACGAUGUGAUCACCAGGAUUGGGCGAAUGUUCCCGGACAUGACGAUCGAGCUCUUCCGCCCCAACGGGACCUCCGCAGUGCUUCUGGUGACGUUGGGUAAGGUCCUGAAGGCCAUCGUGGUGAUGAGGAGUCUGUUCAUUGACCGCACCAUCGUCAGGGGCUACAACGAGGAUGUGUACUCGGAGGACGGCAAGCUGGAUAUCUGGUCCAAGUCCUGCUACCAAGUCUUCCAGAAGGUGACUGAUCACGCCACCACUGCUCUGCUGCACUACCAGCUGCCCCAGAUGCCUGAUGUGGUCGUGCGCUCCUUCAUGACGUGGUUGCGUAGCUACAUCAAGCUCUUCCAGACCCCGUGCCAGCGAUGCGGGCGCUACCUGCAGGAGGGCCUCCCUCCCACCUGGCGGGACUUCCGCACGCUCGAGGCGUUCCACGACAUGUGCCGCCAGUGAUGGAACCCAACGGAACCCCACCUGACCCCAACCCGACCCCACCCCUUCCGUCUCUUCCCAGCAGAACCCGUGGAACCCACUGAGAAGAGCUUCAGAACCCCAGCAGAGCACAGCACCGUCUCGUCAAAACACAAAAGCUUUUCAACACACACUCUCACACACUCUCACACACUCUCUCACACACACACACACACACACACACACACACAAACUCAUACACUCUCACACACACAAACUCAUACACUCUCACACACACAAACUCAUACACACUCACACACACACACACACACACACACACACACACACACUCCUCUGCUGAUUACUCUGUACCCUCUGGUGUGCAGACUACUGCGGUGUGUGUUGAUACACACACGGCAUGUGUGUGUUUAAAAAUACCCCUCAGCCUCUUUCCCUCUCUCAGCACUCAUCCCGCGUACACACAUACACACACACACACACACACACACACACACACACACACACACAUCCAAACAUAUUUAUUGUUUCGUGGCCAUGAUGUUUUUAUUUGGGUGCUGGAACUCUCCUGUGACCUAUUUCUGUGCGUUCCCUUCAGCUGCCACUUUUGAAUACAAAAGAACGUUCUUCUGAGCUGACACGCGCCCCAUAACUUCACGCACCAAAUAUUUUGGAGAGAGUGUUUUCCCUCUCUUUUUUUAUACUCUUUUUGUGUAUUCUCUCUCUCUCUCUCUCUCUCUCUCUCUUGCUCGCUUGCUCUCUCUCUCGAUCACUCUUUCUUUUUCCCUCC